AACCGCCAGUACAUCUGCUAAGCUAUCUGCACAUCCUCCAACGAAAUCCACCAAGCCCGGGCUCUGAGCCCUCCCACAAUCAAAUCCACUGGGAUCUUGGUUGCAUCCGAUUGGUCGGGGAUGCUGCAACUGGGGGGGGGCGAGAACAAUAGCAUCAUUCCGGCAUAAAAAGAGUGGAGCUAUGCCUUGGAGACGAAAACAUUUCAGCAACAGAAGGAUCGAUAUACUGGGGAGAUAAAGUCCCACAAGCUUCUAGUGUUGCCAUAUUUUUAACAAACCUGGAUACUCGAGACUUCGCCCGCCUCCCCGAAGUGCCUUUCCGCUGUUACUCGCCAAGAUGCCCAAAGGAUUCCUGGUAAAAAGAAACAAGAAAUCUGCACAUGUUUCCUACAGGACUCGGUCUGACGAUGAUGACCUCCACGAGCCGCCCACCCCAGCUGCCUUUCCGUAUCAGGCGGACCCCUCCCCGCCGCUGUCCGUGGCGUCCAGUCCGGACCGCGCCGCAGCGUCGCCGGAUUUCAGAGCAGCUGAGGCGCCGGUGCCAAGACUGGAGAAGCCGGCGCAGUUCGGCAACCCAGAGGCGGUGUGCCAAGCCCUCUACAGCCCCACCCGGCCCAUCAGCAAGGAGCACGACAGGGAAUAUUUCGAGAGAAGUUUCAAUUUAGGCUCGCCCAUUUCUGCCGAGUCAUUCCCGACACCUGCCUCCCUCUCCGGCCUGGACCAUCUCAUGUACGCCCCGGUCGACCUGAAAAUCGGCACCAGCAACAGCAGCCGCAGCGGCACCACCACCAGCAGCCUCCCGGCACCGAGCAACCGGGCCGGUACCAAAAGACCCGCAGCUGACGGCGCAGAGCGCAAGCCCAAACCCGCCUCCAAGAAACCCAAAGCCAUUAGAAAACUCAACUUCGAGGACGAGGUGACGACUUCUCCCGUGCUCGGUCUCAAAAUCAAAGAGGGGCCGGUGGAGAUGAAGCCGCGGGCCCAGUCCGCUGGAGGGAACAAGCCUUUGGGGGAGUUUGUGUGUCAGCUGUGCAAGGAGGCGUACGCGGAUCCCUUCUCCCUGGCUCAGCACAAGUGCUCCCGCAUCGUCAGGGUCGAGUACCGGUGUCCCGAGUGCGACAAGAUGUUCAGCUGCCCCGCCAACCUCGCCUCUCACCGCCGCUGGCACAAGCCGCGGACCACCGGCGUACCCGCGAUGUCACCGGCGCCGGGCAUCAAACCCGAAAUGGCCAAAAUGCCACCCCUGGGUGUCAAGUCGGUGUCCGACGAAGCCAAAGACAUGAGUGACAGAGACACCCCGAGUCCAGGUCUGUCCGAGUCGGGCUCUGAAGAUGGCUCAUACGACUGCCAGUUCUGCGGGAAGAGGUUCAAGCGGCAGGCAUACCUAAGAAAACACAUCAUGGGACACCAGGCCUUGCAAAAGAAGGUGCUGGAGGAGCACGGGUUUCAAACCAGCGACCGCGCCGCAGAGCGAGCUCCGGUCUCAUCCUCUUCAGCACCACUACCACCACCACCAUCCUCAUCAUCAUCAUCAUCAUCAUCAUCAUCAACAACAUCAUCAUCAUCCUCAUCCUCAUCCUCAUCCUCAGAGGAAGCCUCAAACCAAAGCCCUCUCAAUCUGAGCCCGGUGGACUGCCUGCUGUGCCCGGUGUGCGGGGAGAGUUUCACCAGCAGGGCCGGCCAGGAGAGACACCUGCGCCUCAUGCACUCCUCCCAGAUCUACCCGUGCAAAUACUGCCCCGCCACCCUGUACAGCUCGCCGGGGCUCACCAGGCACAUAAACAAGUGCCACCCCUCGGAGAACAGGCAGGUGAUCCUGCUCCAGAUGCCCGUGCGCCCCGCCUGCUGAAAGACAACGCAAAACUCGUGCCUUUAAAGAAAAAAAAAAGAAGAAGAAAAGAAAGAACGAAAGAAAAGAAGAGAGAAACAAAAAGAAGUGGCUUUGGGGUAAAAAAACAAAAACAAACAAAAAACAAACAAACAAAAAAACAAACAAAACAAAAUAAAAAAAAAGUUGUCAUGCUCACUGCCAUAACUUUAGGCCAAUGAAAGGCAGGGCGGUUUGAUGUUUCAGUGGUGUUUAAUGAGGUGUCUUUUCCAUGCCAAUCAGUGAUUGUUGAAUGCUUCUCUCUAUAUUUGAAUUGCAUAUAGGCCUAUUUUGAGAUUUUCUCGUCUCAAACUAGUUUAUCAAGUUGAAAAAAAAAAGAAAAAGAAAUACAAAGCGUUAGUUUGACUGUUAAAGGGUAUUUUUCUAGCACAGCACACGUGUUCAAUGAUAGCUUCUAGACCUAAGAAAUGUCUUAAAGAUUCUCAGAAAUCCUUUUCUCCGAUCAGAGCCUCCUUUUUUUUCCCAAUUCACCGACCGUGAUUGCUCUAUCACUGUAGCUUUACGCUAGUUUGUGAAUGACAGGAACUUAUCAACUUUGUAUUGGCAGGGGGAGAAGAAGAAAAAAAGAAAAGAGUGAGUGAAGCAUUCCCUGUGUAGUAGAACCACAAAUGCCUUUAGUAUAAGAAUAAGCCUAGUCCGACAUAGACUACAUACACAUCCAAAUCCCGCUGUACAACUGCCUUAAAAGAAGUCAACAUAGACUGUUUUGAUUUAAGAUGCUGGCACAUAUUUUAUUAUCAUUAUUAUUAUUAUUGUUGUUAUUAUUAUUGAAGAUUGUUGCAAUAUUUUUCAUCAUGUUUAUUUAUUUAUUUAUUCUGAUUAUUUUAUGUAACUUAUUGUUGUGUUUGUUGUGAUUUUUUCCUGUGAAUCGUUCUGGCAGUUUACAUGUCGUAUAGCCAAAAUGUUUUUUUUUUUGUUUGUUUUUUUGUUUGUUUUUUUUGUUUGUUAUUUUUGUUUGAAUCUGUCAAAUUGACUGUAUGAGUUGUGAUAAUUGUCGUGGGUCGGGUUUUAAUCUUCAGUCUCCACAGCUCUUGUAAAGGAAACAAAAAAAAAAGAAAGACAAAAAGAAACGUAAAGCUCUUACCUUAGAUGCAAUCUUUUUUAAGGACAAGUUAUUUUUCUUAAAUGUUGGCUUUUAUAGCGCUUUGAUUGUAUGUGUAUAUCGUUGUUGUCUAUCGAAAUAAAAAUAUUUUCAAAAGGA